AUGUUAAUGAACGUGUUAAAACCAAUUGAUAUUAUGGUCAAACAACUGCAAUCCGUCAAUGAAAACUUCAUUUCAGCACUUGAAGUAGUUAAACGUGUUAAAGAUGAUAUAAAAUCGGAAUGCCACACUGUCACGAACGAGAAGACUAAGAAGAUGGUUGAUGAAUUCUUGGAAGAUGUAAAGGUUUCAACAUCCAGUGGAGAACAACAUCGACCUAAGAGAAACACUGCGAUUCCAUCUCGUUUUGAUGAUUUUCUUGUUACUGAAAGUCUGCCAAGUGAGAACACCAAACAUCCAAACAUUCAAAUUUUCAUAGAAUGCUUGGAUUUACUGAAUGCUGAAUUCAGUCAGCAUUUUUCCACUGAAAACAUUGCACUGUGGGAAGCUAUGUCAGCAUUAUCACCAUCUGUCAUUAUCUUGAGUAUGACAUUCUCAAGCCUUUGUUUGAGUAUGGUACUACGAUUCCUGUGUUGA